AUGGAGGAGGAACCGCUCGAAUUCUUGGGCCCUACGCAUCAACGACUGGUCAUGCAUUGCUUAAGCGAGUUAACGAGAGAGUUGCCAACGCGGGGGGCCUUGGAGCAGCUCUUGGGACAGUGGCUGCUAUUUGAAUGCAAAUUUAAUAACAGAGCGAAGCUAGCAAGUGAACCCGAGUUUCCUGAGAAAGCUCUAGAGAAUGCCCUACUCGACAAGUCUAAGGGUGUUCAGCGAAGAAUUCUGGAUUUACUAGCUUCUCGAGCUUCAGUUCCGCCAAGAAUUGGUAAAUUGGUGGCGGCUCGGCUCGGCAACGAGGACAGCGCCGUGCGAACGGCCGCUGUCCAGGCCCUAGGCGAGCGGGCGGCGCUGCCUGACGAGGUUCUCACGGCCGUGGUGGCGCGGUUCGGCGACGAGGACUGGGACGUGCGAGACGCUGCUGUCGGUAUCUUUCUAGGAAGGCAUAAACAAUCCUACUUGCACGAAGCUUCAAGGAACAAUAUGGAUUCCAUCAAGAUGCAACAAGCCGAAGUGAGGGAAUGGAUCAACGCAGCCCGGCCACCAGACUAUCCAUCUCUCAGUGGGCAGAGCUCGUCCAACAACUAG